AGUAGAAUCACUAGAGGAAAUUAAACUUCAGCUGGAUACAUAACUAACAGAAAAAACAGAACUAUUCCCAACUUUAUCAACAACAAGAACUGGCAGAGAACACUCCCACAAGGUGGAGCACAACAAUAUAUUUGAGUAACCGCAUGAAACCUGAAGCACCACUUUCUUUACAAAGAACUUCCAGGCACUCAUUUCUUGAAGAUAAAGAGUUCACAGCAAAUGGAAACUGCACAAUGAGCAGUACUUGCAUCCCAAGGAAGAUGUUCACAAAGCAACUGUCAUCAGCAACUGCACUUUUAAUUGUGUUGCAGAUAGCCUGUGGCCAGGAAUUUAAGCAAGCAAAAGUGCCAGUGUUGCCAUACAAACCCUUUAUUGUGGUAUGGAAUGCCCCAACAGAGCAAUGCAGGCUUCGAUACAAGGUGGACCUGGACCUCAGCAUUUUCGAUAUAGCUUCCAACUCAAAUGAAACCCUCAGUGGUUCAAACAUCACCAUAUUCUAUCACAAUCAGCUGGGCUAUUACCCAUAUUUCACUGAUAGUAAAACUCCAGUUAAUGGCGGCAUCCCGCAGAACAAAAGCCUUCAAGACCACUUGAACAAAGCCAAAUCCGACAUUGAGAAAUCCAUUCCGAGAAAAGACUUCGGAGGCCUUGGGGUCAUUGAUUGGGAGAAUUGGAGACCUCAGUGGAUUCGAAACUGGGGCCACAAAAAUAUCUAUCGGAAAAAGUCAAUAGGAAUCGAAAGGACACUUCACCCCAAUUGGACAGAAAAGAAAAUCAAAUCAGAAGCCAAGAAGAAAUUUGAAAAUGCUGGUCGGAAUUUUUUGAAUGCAACGUUGAACUUAGCAGAAAAAACUAGACCCAAAGGACUGUGGGGAUUCUAUCUCUUCCCAGACUGCUACAACCAUAACUACAAGACUCAUCCAAAUAAGUACAAUGGAAAAUGCCCUCAAAUCGAGCAUAAGCGUAAUGACAAAUUACUCUGGCUGUGGAGGGAAAGCACUGCUCUCUUUCCCUCCAUCUACUUGGAACGUCAACUCAAAUCCAGUCCAAAAGCAUUGAAAUUUGUCCAUUACCGAGUCAAAGAAGCAAUGAGAAUCGCCUCGAUGGCCAGAAGUGAUUACGAUCUUCCUGUCUUUGUGUACGCACGACCAUUUUAUGCUUAUCGGUUUGAGGUUCUCACAAAGAUUGAUUUGGUCCAUACAAUUGGUGAGAGCGCUGCCAUGGGAGCUGCAGGCAUUGUGCUUUGGGGAAACAUUGAUUACGCAAGAUCAAAGAAUCACUGCUUAAAAGUGAAGAAGUACAUUGAUGGCCCUCUGGGACACUACGUGGUUAAUGUCACAACAGCCACAAAGCUGUGCAGCAAAACCCUGUGUGAAAAUCACGGGAGGUGUGUGAGGAAGAUCAGUGACUCCAGGGUCUUCCUUCAUUUAAGCCCCAGCACUUUUGAAAUCAGAACCAAUGCUGACGGAGUGCAUCCCAGGUUCUAUGUGCAAGGGAAACUUCAAUCUGAGGACAUGAAAGCUUUGAAACAAAGUUUUGCGUGUCAGUGUUACCAGGGCUGGACUGGGAUUGCCUGUGAGGUGCCACUGCCUGAGGAUCCUUCUGCAGUCAAGUCUGACAUCAGCCUGAGCGAGAAGGCCAGCUCAGCACCACCCCUGCCACUUCUGCUUUUCACUCUUGUUGCUUUUCUAUUGGUUGUUCAAAACCUUAAUUUCUAGCCCUUCCAGUGAUUUUUUUUCUUUCCACUCUCAAACUAACUUAUAUUCCUUUAAAGUGGCUUUGCUCUUAGUUGCAUUAUAGGGAUGUAAGAGGGGUAUUAUUUUACUUGUUGUUUAUAAUCAGUGCAGCACUACUAACUCAGUUAGUGACCUGUAGCCGAGCUUUCAUUAUAAGUAUAUUAAAAACUAACAUUACCUUUUAGAAACCGUAGAACCAUAGUUUGUACAUGGGAGUCUACCAGACCUUCUGGCUAAACUUAUCUUCUAAAUAUCAUUGCUCACUAUCUUUCAGCCCCACCUCCAACUAAGAACCUAAUUUCCAAUUCUUGGAACUGGUGACACUAUCUAUUGCCAUGUGGAUAAAUAGUUAAAUGCAAAACUGCCUGUUCACUUUUCCCCUUCUGUGUUUGAGAUUGUAACCACCUUAUUGUAGACGUAUUGAUUAUAUUGAAUAAAUCCAUAUUUUUAAUCCUCA